ACAACAAAAUCUGGCAACUCGGUGGGAGGCGACGUCGGCAAGAGCUCUAUCGGUUUCGUCUCUGACAGACAGCGUGGAAAGAUGGUGCUCGACUUGGACCUGUUUCGAACCGACAAAGGCGGCGACCCCGAAGUCGUCCGUGAGACUCAAAGAAAGAGGUUUAAAGAUGUUACCCUGGUUGACAAGUUGGUGGCCGCAGACACAGAGUGGAGAAAAUGUAAAUUUUCUGAUCAUACAAUCAAAUUGUUUAUUGUUUGCUGUCAGGAUGCAGACAAUAAGGUGGAGCGUACCUGGGGUGACUGCACUGCCCAGAAGAAGUACUCCCAUGUUGACCUGGUGGUCAUGAUCGAUGGUUUUGAUGGCGAGAGGGGAGCAGUUGUAGCUGGCAGCAGAGGUUAUUUUCUCAAGGGUCCCCUGGUGUUCCUGGAGCAGGCUCUGAUCAAUUUUGCCUUAAGGAUCCUCUACAGCAAAAACUACACCAUGCUCUACACACCUUUCUUCAUGAGGAAGGAGGUCAUGCAGGAAGUCGCCCAGCUCAGCCAGUUUGAUGAAGAGCUUUACAAGGUCAUUGGAAAGGGAAGUGAGAAAUCAGAUGACAGUUCCAUAGAUGAGAAAUACCUCAUCGCCACCUCAGAGCAGCCCAUCGCUGCCUUCCUGAGGGAAGAAUGGCUCAAACCAGAGGACCUGCCCAUCCGCUACGCCGGCUUCUCCACCUGCUUCAGACAGGAAGUGGGUUCCCAUGGCCGAGACACCCGUGGGAUCUUCAGAGUGCACCAGUUUGAGAAGAUUGAGCAGUUUGUCUAUGCCUCACCGCAUGACGGCAAAUCAUGGGAGAUGUUCGAUGAGAUGAUAGGAACAGCAGAAGAGUUCUACCAGUCACUAGGAAUUCCUUAUCGUAUCGUCAACAUUGUCUCUGGUAGGUCAAGUACACGCACUCUCACUCCUCAUACCACACUGAGCAUUUGUAGUUGCUAGACACACACAGACAACACAAUAAAAAUGAUGGACAAGGCGGAGUUUGUGCACAUGUUGAAUGCAACCAUGUGCGCCACCACACGUGUAAUGUGCGCCAUCCUAGAGAACUACCAAACUGAAGAAGGAAUCAUUGUUCCAGAGAAGCUCAGGGAGUUCAUGCCUCCUGGUUUGACAGAGAUCAUUAAGUUUGUCAAGCCAGCUCCCAUUGAUCAGGAAAUGUCCAAGAAAUCAAAGAAACAGCAGGAAGGAGGGAAGAAGAAGAAGCAGGGAGGAGGCGGCGGAGACCAGAACCUGCCCGAUGCCAUAGAGAACAUGUCCGUGAACGAUUCGUAGACCCCGGCACACAGCAGCAGUGUCGCCUCACCAGCCUCACAGAUGCACACUAAUAGAACAGAGUGUUGCUUGAAUUGUAAUGAUCAGGGAUUAGUUUGUCACGUCUCACAAACUAAACCUGAAAUUGGCACUUAACGGUAAUGUGAACGCUCGGCUCUGUUCCAUCUGUGUCUGUCUGAGUGGGUGGUGUUAUGUCAUCUCAUCAUUCACAUAAAGCUUGCCACAAAAAGGGAUCCUUUAGUCAGCCAUCCCCAGGUCACUUCACGCCUCUGUCACUGUAUGAACUCAUCAGCAACACGAAGCCUAAAACCAACAGAUAAAGCACAGCUGCCGACACCUCAUGGAGCGUGUCGGCAGCUGUGCUGAGAGUCAGGCUUCUUUUCUGACUAUUUCUGUCAUUGAUUUGAUACAAGCAGUCUUUUGGGAAUAUGUUAUAAAAAGUAUGUUUGCAGGAUGUCGGGCAUUGUUCGUAAUGUGUUCAAAAACUGUCUGAACUCACCGUUUGUUGACUGUGAGAAGUAAAUGGUUGGGUAUUUUAACUGUCUGGUGUAGGCUUCUCUUUGCUUUGUCUGACCACAAUCAUAAUUUUCAUCCACUGUUUAACACGAUGCUCUUCUCCACCUCGAGACGUUGAUGUUUCCUGUAUGUACUUGCUAAGAUAAAUAUAUAUAAUUGCGCAUUGAUGAAGUGGCACGCACUGUAAACAAUAAAUACAGUUGAUAUGGAA